AUCAUCGCGUACUGUGGUCAAACCGAAACUGUGAAAAUCGGGUUGUUGUUUCUUUGUCAUCCUGUUAUACGUUUUUUUUUCUUUUUGUAAAUGCUUGGUCAACAGAGCGGACGAGUACGUCAAUUAAAACGCGCAGGAUAAUUAUUUUUGAACACCCGUUACAACGGAGAACGAAAAUUUCUCAUCGCAGUCUUGAAAUAUUCUUCAUAGCGUUAAAAUGUUUUGCAUUAAAGUGAUCCUACAAUUUGUCUUAAUCUUAAUCAUUUUCGAUUCGAUUGUUUAUACCAAAGCGAAUGGAAUGCUUGAUAAAAUCAAAACUGGUUUACGAUAUGCUAACGAUUAUCUGGAAAUUGUUAAAGACGUUACCAAUCUCGUAUCUAAAAGUUUCAAUUCAGAUGAUAAAAGAUACACGUCAAAACGCGGAGAUCCGGAAGAAGAUGAACCAAACAAAAAUCAAGAUUUUCGACCGACCAAUUUGAUAUCGGCAUUUUUCAGAUUAUUCGGUCUUGAUUCGCAAAAGAUUGCAGCCAUUGCCGUUAACAGUGUAAUUUUUCUAGCACAAAUGAUCAGUUCACUGUUCGACUUACCACCAGUGAAAACCGACAAAGUUGAUCGAUCCGUCGAAGAUGAAUCUAACGAUGAAUCAACCCCCCCCUGGGAUCCAUUGAAAUUCAUUCUAGAAAAUAAAAACGAUAAAAUGAGAAUAUUGUUGGAUGAGGCACGAAACGAUGCACUUACAGAUAAAUUGAUGGACACAAUAGACGGUUUUGAUUCUGCCUGCAUAAGAUUGUUACUAUGUAAAACAUCCAUAGUGAUCAAAUCUGUUCAACAGUCAUUGAAGAACAAGAAGUCAAAUGGUAUUGGUUCGUUUACAGCUUGGUUUCCGUCUAAAGAAGACUUCGAGAGGAACUCCGAUGAGUGUGAGGACAAAUACACAGAUUGUAGAUUAUUUCCGGAAUCAUGAGUUCAAGGAAUAUAUCAGGAUAGAAAGAGAAAGAGAAAGAAACAUAUGAUCUAAAGAUAUCCGAUGAAAUAAAACCCUCAAACAAUGUGAUCUAUUAAUAUUAUUAUUAUUGUUAUUUAUUUAUUUAUAUAUAGAUUUUUUUUUCUUUUCGAUUCUUUUCUUUUCUUUACUUCAAUUUCUUUUACGGACGCUAAUGUUUCGUAUUUUUCACUUUGUACAGAAUUAUUUUUUUCAUCCAUUCAAUUUCGCAAUAAAUUAGUCGCAUUUUAAAAACUUUUCUCUUAUACUGUUAUCAAAUUUUCGUCCAUACAAACAAUAUUAAUGUUUUCUUUUCCUUUUUGUUUUUUUAAGUUAAAAUGAAGUACAAUAAUUAUUUCAGUAAUUAUGACAGCCUCUAUGUAAAUCCAUAAAUAAAAGAACAUUAUUUUAAUGAUACAUUUCCUAUUAGAGUUUUAAGAAUGAA